AUGGCCUCAGAAAGUUUGAGUUGUGGAGAUGAUGAUGAUGAUGAAGAGGAACCAUGUAGUGAUGGUCCUGUGAGAAAUGUUGCAGAACGUGAUGCCCAGCAGUUUAAAGAAAGCCAGGAUGAUCCAGAUGUUUUGGACCGUGACCAUCGACCUCUGAAUCUUCAGCAUCGCGUGAUGAAGGAGGACUUGAGGAUUCCAUUGAACAAGCUACAAGGACUCAUGUCCUUCUUCUACACAUUUUUCAAGAUGAAUCCACCACCCGAAUCACCACCAAACUCGAGAAGGAGGAGGAGGCAUAAGCCAUCACGGCAUGAAGUGUUGGACGAAGACGAAGAAUCCUUCGUGUUGGGGAACAGAAAUCCACCGAAGUCAUUAAGGAUUCAACUGAAUGAAGGCAUCAGGCGGUUUCGUCAUGAGGAACGUGCCAAGAGAGACUCGCAACGCGUCAAGGAUAAAGAAAUCAAGGAAAAAGAGUAUUAUCACCUGGGUGAAGAGAAGGCUGUGCAUGCACACGGUAUUAAUGCUGAGUUUGAAAGCGUGAUCAACAAGUGGUAUGAUCGGGCAGGUUAUCGCAAUUUCGAUGCUCCUUCCGUACGCUGAAACUUUUUUCAUAUUUUGUAUGCAUCUUUUGUUACGGGUAGGAGCAUGAUGUGUGCAUGCAUUUUGUGUGUUGUACAUUUUUUUUAAUUGAAUAAUUCGUACGUUUCUUACGGUUUGAAAUUUUUGUGAGCCCUGGUAUAUGAACGUUGAACAACGCACAGUGAACAGAAUCCCAUUGGACAAUGCUAGUACAAAUGAUCCUGAGAGGACAUUCCAUGGGACUUAUCCUGGAGAAGCCUGC